GGUUUUUCUAGUUCCUGAAUAUUAUUCUAGCUAAAGAAUGUUGUAUGGCAUAGCUAGAACAGAAAAAGACGUGAGCCAGCCGUUACACUCUGAACCAGUGCUUACUUCCUUGCAGAAGGGACAGGUGGUAGGAGUGGAGGUGGCCCUUUCAGCACACCAAGAGAGUUUGAAUCUAAAUAUGCAGCUCUUAUGUGGAUUCAGAAUAUAGUUGUAUAAAAAGGUUAAAUCCCACACGACCUGUGAAUGUGGUCCAGAGGCCUGCAGCAUGUCAAAGAAUACCAGCAAAAAUGCAAUAGACAACCUGAAUUUCUUAAAGAGAACGCAACAGAAAUUUUUCUCUCUCAUAUAGCUGGACAACUUAGCUACAUGCUUUUGACCUCCGGUUAAUUUAAUGGAGAUCUUCCUGUCAGGAUAUCAGUUGACUUUGUAAAUCUGGGACCUUUGUCACAAAUGUGCCUUUGAACUUACAGCAAAACAUUUUAUUGUUUAGAAAACUCAACUAUUUAAAAAAAAAAAACAACAAAAACCAUUGAAGAAUCAUGUCCAAAAACUUGGAGAUCAUCAAUUUAUCAUUUUUGCUGGAGCAUGAGAGGGAGAUGAUAAUGGGCGUAUUGAAGAGAGACGAGUAUCUGAAAAGAGUUGAGGAUAAAAGGAUAAGGAAACUGAAAAACGAGCUAUUAGAAGUGAAAAGGAAAGGUGGAAACCGUCACCGCCAGCAAGAGAGCAGCAGGGUCUGUGUUCGUUGUCAGAAAAACCUGGGCUUAAUCUUCGACAGGGGGGACUUGUGCCAAACAUGCAGACUCAGAGUUUGCAGGAAGUGCCGUGUCAUGGGAAUUGAUGGGAGCUGGAAGUGUGCAGUAUGUGACAAGAUUGCACAACUAAGGAUAGUGACAGGGGAAUGGUUUUUUGAAGAGAGGGCCAAGCGCUACAAGCAGUCCAACAUCCUUGGAACUGAUGUUGUCAGACAGUCCAUCCUACGCAAGGUCCCAGAUACAGUUCCCAGUAAGGAUGAAGGAGGAAUGUCUAAAGGUCAAGCAGAAGAGAACAUGCAGAAUGGGCCUGAUAUAUCAGCUUCUUCAAUGAGCGCAGGGAAAUCACUCUUCAGUGGACCCAGAAAGAUAGGGAGGGUCCUCAGGGCAGUAACCAAAGGAGAAAUUGCAAUUGGGAAAUCUGACAAUGGAAGAAACAUCAAUUCAGCAGCUGAAACCCAAAGUUUGCAUAAUGACAAGCCUACUCCUUAUUCAGACAGGGGGAGUACUCUUUCACUGGGUAGUAAUGAUGCGGAGAGCAUACCAGGUAACCUGAAAGGCACAGUGGUUCCAGCAAACUGGAGUAAUGUGUCCACUCCAGUUAAUCAGAGAUCACCAGCACCCAGUACGCAUGGCAUGACUCCAGAUUACAGCAAGGAAGCUGAUUUAGAAAAUGGCACUUCUAUGUCAGGAAGUGAAAGCAUACCUGAAAACUUAGUGAAGAGGCAUUGCAGAAAGGCAUCUGGAACACCUUCAAUUGCAGUUUCUAGGGUUUCUCUCUCAUCAGAUCGCAGUAGAUCUGAGAUAGAUUUGAGUGAAUCUUUCUCAGAAGGAAAUGAAGAUACUUUAAGCUUAAGAAGCAAAUCUGUACCUGGAGAUUUGGACCAGGACCUGGAUUACCUGGAUGUGACAGAGGAAGAUAUUGAUGACAUAGCCUCUCAUUACUCAAGGAAGCGUGGACAUUUGUCAAGUGCAUUAUCAGCAACUAGCAUUAACAGCCUGAUGAGUGUUUAUAGUGAAACUGGGGACUAUGGCAACGUGAAGGUCAGUGGGGAAAUACUUCUCCACAUCAGCUACAGCUACAAAACAGGUGCCCUCAACAUCCUUGUUAAAAGCUGCAGAAACCUGGCCAUAGCAGAUGAAAAGAAGCAAAGGACAGAUCCCUAUGUCAAAGCAUACCUCCUGCCUGACAAGUCCCGCCAAAGUAAACGCAAGACCAAAAUCAAAAGUAACAGCACCAAUCCAGAGUUUAAUGAAACACUGAAGUACAUGAUCAGCCAUACACAGCUAGAGACCAGGACCUUACAGCUGUCUGUCUGGCACUAUGACAGAUUUGGUCGCAACAGCUUUCUUGGGGAGGUGGAAAUUCCCCUUGACUCCUGGAACUUUGAAAAUCAGCGUGAUGAAUGGUUUGUGCUCCAGCCCAAGGUGGAGAUUGCAGCAGACGUUGGACUUCAGUAUAAAGGAGAGCUGACAGUUGUUUUACGUUACAUUCCCCCAGAGAGAAACUUAAUGCUUCCGCUAGGACAGUUCCAAGGAAAGAAGAGCUUAAAAAAAGGAAAGAAAGGUGACUCUCAUUUGCCGUCUGGGGGUAUAUUGGAGGUCCUGGUUAAGGAAGCCAAGAAUUUAACAGCUGUGAAGUCAGGAGGCUCAUCUGACACAUUUGUGAAAGGAUAUCUGCUCCCAGAUAACAGUAAAGCAACAAAACAUAAAACUCCAAUAAUAAAAAAGAGUGUGAACCCCCACUGGAAUCACACCUUCACUUUCAGUGGCCUGAACCCCAGGGACAUUCACAACGUCUGCCUGGAACUGACCGUUUGGGACAAAGAGUCGUUGUCAAGUAACAUCUUCCUGGGAGGUGUCCGCUUGAGUACUGGACUCGGCUUAAGUAAUGGCAAGGAAGUUGACUGGAUGGAUUCUCAAGGGGAAGAGCAGCACCUCUGGCUAAAGAUGAUUGACAAUCCUGGAACUUCUGUAGAAGGCAUGUUAAUGCUGAGAUCCAGCAUGGGAAAACGCAGGCUCUGAAAGGAAACAGCCUGCAGCGAGGACAGGGUUCUGCUGCUUUGAUGACAUGACUCUUAAUGACCACUGGCUACCAAAAGUAUGCCUGAAUUUAGUGGAUUUAUCUAUUGUAACUUUGCACAACUGAAAGCGAGGAAGAAAGACAUUUUUUACCUUGGAUUUUCAGAGUUGUAUUAUAAUGCAGUCUGCACUUUCAUGUAUCUAUCUUCUUCACCUCAUACCUUUUCCAUACUGAAAAUUCCGUCUGAAGUCAGUGAGGAUCUUGUCUCCAUACAGGGUGCCUCUCUACGAGACACUAUAUCACCAUAGCAAUGAGCUUCUGCACCAUAGCUUGUUGCUAUGGCGAUGUAGCUUUGCUGGGCAUGAACCGUGAUGCCAACACUACUGCGCAGUAGCAGCUAAAAAUAACCAUGCGGCGAUGGGACUGCGUAGUAAUGCUGGUUACUGCACGAUCAUUUAGUACUUGGUUGAGCUGUCCCUUGUGGGGGUGGGAGGGUGAGGCCCUGUGCUUUGUGGGGCCCUGCAGACAGUGUCGUACGGGCCCCACUCAGGGUGCCACCACUCUGUGUGGCCACCGCACGCUGCUAGCUUCAUGCUCCGGCUACUCACUACCCCCCACUUCCUUCCCCUGCACAGGCUGCACACAGGCUGAUGUGCCCUAGGCCCCACACACCUCUACGGAUGGCUCUGAUACUUGGUUAAGGAACUACUAAAUGACUGCACAGUAACAACUGCGUAGUCAGCUGCUUGUGUAGAUACGGCCACAGAGUCCCAAACUGGACCUCUUCUCUCUCUUGCUAAUAGGAGUACGGCCUAGCAGAGUCUCCACCUCUGGAGAAAAUGGUGCAAGCAGAGGUUCAGGUAUUCACUUGAUGCCUAAUGCUUAUUUGAAUGUGUGUAAGGGCAGGUCAUAAGCAGGCUAAAAGAGAGAAAGAUAUGGUAUAAACCAAUUUCAUAUACAUUUAAAAUUGUGGUAUUUGAAGUCAGCCUGGAAGCCACCCGAUCUCAAGCAGUCUGAAUCUUUAAUGAUACCUCUUUCCCCUGUUUACUGCUUCAUUUAGUUAAGCUGUACAUGAUAGCAACAGCAAUCACAGUAAAGAAAAGCCUCUGUGCUACCCUGCACAGUACAGCCAUUAUUGGGAAUUAGGUAGCAAAUGUGCUGACGUAAAGUCCCGCAGCGCCCGGUGGUGACGUGUGCCCUAGGUGGUUGAAUGUGUCGUAUAAAGUGCUGGCUGGGGUUCAACUUGAUCAAAGAGCCUCUCAUGAAAACAGAUUAUUACACAUCCCUAAGCAGCUUGCAGAAUGAAGCAUCAUUGUUUUGUUUAUCGUUCCCUUAAUAGUUCAAUCUUGCCAGGAUUUUCAGGCGUCAUUGUGCAGAGGGGAAGAGAAUCUCAAAUGUUUGCCAUGUCUCAUGAACUGUUGAUGUGUGCCCAGGUGUUGUAAGGUAAGGGCUGAUUCAAGAAAGCAUUUAAUUAAGCAAUUUAAUUAUGACUUAAUUAAGCACAUCAUAGAAUCAUAGAAAAUUAGGGUUGGAAAGGACCUCAGGAGGUCAUCUAGUCCAUUGUGUGUGUGGACCAUCCCCAAUUAGAUCAUCCCAG